AUGGCAGCGGCAACACAACAAGCUACUCCAGCUGUCAAAGAGACGUUUCACUUCAUCAACAAGCCUGAAGAUGCCAUCAACGAAGCACUAGCAGGGCUAACUCACAUCCAUCCCAAUCUGUCCUAUAACCCACCCUACAAGAUCUUAUACCGUUCGGAUCUAGGCACUUUCCGCAACAACCAUGUAACGACGAUCGGUUUCAGUGGAGGCGGUCACGAACCAAUGUUCGGCGGCUUCGUGGGACCCAACUACCUCUCUGCCUAUGUCAGCGGUAAUAUCUUUGCCUCGCCAACCGCAGCCCAAAUUUACGAGGCCAUCAGGAUGUGUCAACCCACCGAUGGAUCAGGGAGUAAAGGCACAUUGGUCGUGUGUGGCAACUAUACUGGUGAUAUUCUCAAUGCUGGACUGGCGAUUACGCGAGCACAGGCUAGUGGCUACAAAGUCAGGUUUGUACCUGUGGGCGAUGAUGUUGCGGUCGGCAGGAAGAAGGGUGGAAAGGUUGGCCGCAGAGGAUUGAGCGGUCAUCUGAUAGCUCUGAAGAGUGCUUGUGCUCUUGCUGCCAAUGGAGAGAGUUUGGAGCGUGUAACGGAAGUCAUGGAAUAUGUUGCUGCAAAUGUCGGCACUGUUGGAGUUGCCUUUGACCGGUGA